AUGCCGUCCGCGAAAACUGCCCGCCCAGCGGAGGACUCAAGCCGGCCACCGCCGCCCAAGCGCGCGCGGCUGUCGCACGGCCGCAAGAGCAAGCCGGCCACGGCCGGAGACGGAGACCUGCCGGCCGCGCUGGCCGCCACGGCCGCCGCCUGCAAGGUGCCCAAGUUCCUGCGCUCGCUCUACGCCAUCCUGCAGACGGAGGACCCGCAGGUCAUCUCGUGGGUGCAGAACCGGGAGCUCAAGCCCAACAGCGUCACGGCCUUCCACAUCCUCGAGAUGGACCGCUUCGAGCGCGAGAUCCUGCCCAAGUACUUCAAGCACCAGAAGUUCGCUAGUUUCCAGCGCCAGCUCAACAACUUCGGCUUCCGCAAGUGGACCAAGACCCAGUCCAGCGGCGUCUGCACUUUCAGCCACAACUGCUUCCCGCCGGACCUGUCGGCGGCCAACAACUCCAACCUGUCCAUCCGGGACCAGUGGCGACAGAAGAGCACGCAGGUGAUCCCGCCGCCCGCCUCGGCCGUGGGCGGCCAGCCGAUCAAGAGACGCAUCGUGGGCAACGGCAUUGCCAAGGCCAAGGUCAAGCAGCAACAGGUCAGCAACCCCGCGCGUCGGCGUCCUGUCAACGUGCAGGUCCCGUCGUCACGUGACAUGGGCGACUCGCCCGUGUUCGCCGAAAUGUACCGCAGCCCCAACUCGAACGCCAGCAUGGAGAGCAGCGCCUUCCGCCACAGUCUGAGCCACCAGCCGCCUCUCAAGAAGCUCGCUCGACCGAGCAUGAAGCAGGAAAUGAUGGAGCCACUCAAUGGCCUGGAGGCCUUCUGCGACGACUCGUUCAGGCAGUUCAUCUUGCCGCCGCUGCAGCCGCACCACCUGCUGUCGGCCACGCCGAGAGGUGGCACUCCGUCGUUCUCGAAGCACAGCGACUCCAAAACCCCAGGUCUGGGUGCCUUCAGAUACUCGCUGACUCCGGUGAACAACGGUAGCAGCAGCAACGUGCCGAGCACGUUCUCGACCGACUCGGGAUACCCCAACAGUAACAACGGGUUCAAGCCGUUCGACUUCAAGCACGACACCCAGCCUCACCCGUACCCAUCUGCCGGUGGCCACCAGAGCAGCAACCACGGCGCUGCUGAUGCGGCAGCACUGCAAGGCGCCUUCCUGGAGCCGUGGAUGUGGGACGCACAGGCCUCGUCGUCGAGCUUUGAGAUCGGAUCGUUUCCGCUCGAGUUCGACUGCAAGAACGAUUUUGACUGCAAGAACGAGUUCGAGUGGCAGGAAGGAUCGUGUGGCAGCAACUACCAAGGCUCCACGGCUGCGGCUAACUGUGGCGGUCAAGGCAAAGAGCAGUGCCAUCAGCAGGAUCGCGGUGUGCCGUCCAACACUGAAGAGUUCGGCUUGGACAAUCUGCUCUUCGUCGAGUGA